AUGUCGGAUCUGACCGAGAUUCUGAUUGAGAAACUUCAACUACAACGUAUCCUCUGCGAGAGAGUAUUUAUAAAAUGGGAAGAUCAGUCAGGCGAAUCUUGCACAUUAGGUUCUCGCACGAAAAAUAAUAAGAAGGAUCUCAAACUUUUGAUGGCUGCGUACUGUGAUGAAGAAGGACAUAUUCAUAUUCACUUUUCCAUUAAAGUGUCUAUUUCGCGGGAUGGCAAAAAGCAUGAAAAAGAGAUGUUGUUGGUUGUUCCUCCAGAUGCCGACUUCUCAAAAGCCCUUACACCUUGUUCAAUAUCGACUAUCAAUGCUUUAUCUCGCCUUGACGCAGCUGCUAUUCACGAUGCCGGAAUCAGUGAUUCAGUACAUGUUAUAUAUUUACCAUUCGAUUUAAUUACGGAGGGAUUCGUUGUUAGGAAUACUACUUCGGCUCUCAAGCCCAAGCCCUGGAAUAGGCCCUCACAAGAAUUGAUUCGUCGCUUUGUAUCUCUAUCCAAUACGAAAAUCUUCACUGUAUACAUCACGCCAAACGAUUAUGCGCGGGUCGGCCUGAAAGGACUUCACGAUCGCUUAAGCAAGACUUCUACUGCUACCAAUACACGCACGAACAAUAUGAUGGAAAUGUAUAUUCAACAAGGCGGUGUAUUAGUAGAAUCGAGCAGACUUGACCCAGAACUACCACCACAAUAUACUGAGAAUCCUCCUCAGCCACUCCCGGAAGUACAAGUUCCCCGGUCACCACCAAUCAUUUUCGAACAGAAAACACUAUCAAUCAAUACUUUCGAAACAGCGAUUGCAGAAACACCAGCUCGGAUUCCAGCUACUCCAAACUCUAUAGUGGUACAUAGUAUUUUCUCUCCUAUCUGUGAAGAGUUGUCCGAUGGUGAAGUGGACUGGGACGAUAUCGAAGAGACUUGGAGAAAUGUCGAGGAGGCUUCGAGAAAUAUCGAAAUAGACCCCGACAUAGAUUCGGAUCAGGAAGGUCUUGUUAACUUGAAUUCUCGAGACCCAAGUCAGCAAUUCAAUUCUCGAGAACAAAGUCAGCAAUUCAAUUGUGAUUCAGAAGUUUCAAAGAUACUUGAGUCGAAGUUUGCGGAGUGGAUGGAAACAGCAGGGCAGAUAAACCCAAAUAUUCACGAACAUAAACGUUUGAUUACCAAGUUGUUAAUACUAGGUAAUUGUAUUCGUACAUCUAAUUCUGGGGUAUUUGAUGCUACUAUAUUCUGGUGUUCUACAAUAUUUUUCUACGACCCAUUCGAUUCCGAUAUAAGUCCGGAGUUAUGGGAGAGAAAUUUAUGGCUUCUCUCAGAUAUGGCUCGGCUGAUUAAAUGGGCUAAUAAAGUUCACUAUAGCGCCGAGAUGAAUCCGUUACUGGUGGAUCAUUUUCUGAAGCUAGGCGAUACUGCUCGUACUACUGCUCUACAUCCUGAGUAUAGCUAUGACAGCUAUGAGCGUCAGAAACGUGUUUGCACUACUCAAGUAAUUAUAAAACUUGGCAAGCCGGUCAUUGGUAUUAGUGGGGAGACCAGUAAGCCUGUUCCUCGAAAACACUUGGGAACUGACAGUAAUACGUCUAAGCGGGUAAAAAUAUAA